ACGGAGAAUUACAUAGCUACUUAGUUUCGAUUUUUCCAGACCCAAAUAAUUUUUCUGUUUGCUAAAAUAAUACGCGCUUCUGUGCAACGAAAAUUUUACAAAUGUGGUCGCUUUAAGCAAGCAGCAAAAUUGCAUUUUCGAAAUUUUCCGCCUGCAGCUGGCCCUGGACGUGCUUUGUAUCCGUGGAGAACAGAGAAGCAAAGAUAGACGCCGUGUGGGGUUGGGUUGCUUCCGCCCCGCUGCGCUUAGCGGCGAACAGAAUGGGCGACCUUCCGGGCUCCACGGGCGGAGGAAGUGGCCCAGCUGCAGUCGGAAAUGCAAGUGGAAAUGCUAACUCUGCAGGCAACACAGGCCUUGGUGUGGCCGGCACCACGGGCGUGGACCGUCCACCAUCUCCGGCCCGCCUCUCCCACACAUCCGAGAAGCAUCCAAAGGUGACGCUGACCGAGCUGAAUAUGUUGCGGCGCCAUCGCGAGCUCUGCGACGUUGUGCUCAAUGUGGGCGGACGCAAGAUCUUCGCCCAUCGGGUCAUACUCUCCGCCUGCAGCUCCUACUUCUGUGCAAUGUUCACGGGCGAGCUGGAGGAGUCACGCCAAACAGAGGUCACCAUACGCGACAUCGACGAGAACGCCAUGGAGCUGCUCAUCGACUUUUGCUACACAGCCCACAUCAUUGUCGAGGAGUCCAACGUGCAGACUCUGCUGCCAGCCGCCUGCCUGCUUCAGCUUGUCGAGAUCCAGGACAUUUGCUGCGAGUUCCUCAAGCGCCAACUGGACCCGACCAACUGCCUGGGCAUCCGGGCCUUUGCCGACACACACUCCUGCCGCGAGCUGCUUCGCAUUGCCGACAAAUUUACACAGCACAACUUCCAGGAGGUGAUGGAGAGCGAGGAGUUCUUGCUGCUGCCCGUUGGCCAGCUGGUGGACAUCAUCUGCAGCGACGAGCUUAACGUCCGCUCCGAGGAGCAGGUCUUCAAUGCGGUCAUGUCCUGGCUGAAGUACAAUGUGGCCGAGAGGCGCCAACAUUUGGCCCAGGUACUGCAACACGUCCGUCUGCCUCUACUCUCUCCCAAGUUCCUGGUGGGCACUGUGGGCUCCGAUCUGCUGGUCCGCAGCGACGAGGCUUGCCGGGAUCUGGUGGAUGAGGCCAAGAACUAUCUGCUGCUGCCACAGGAGCGCCCUCUGAUGCAGGGACCACGCACCCGACCCCGCAAGCCGACACGUCGCGGCGAGGUUCUCUUUGCCGUGGGUGGCUGGUGCUCCGGCGAUGCUAUUGCCUCAGUGGAGCGCUUCGAUCCGCAGACCAACGACUGGAAAAUGGUUGCACCCAUGAGCAAGCGACGCUGCGGUGUGGGCGUGGCCGUCCUCAAUGAUCUGCUCUACGCUGUGGGUGGCCACGAUGGUCAGAGCUACCUGAACAGCAUCGAGCGCUACGAUCCACAGACGAACCAAUGGUCCUGUGAUGUGGCACCCACCACCUCGUGCCGCACCAGUGUAGGCGUGGCCGUGCUAGAUGGUUUCUUGUAUGCGGUGGGUGGCCAGGACGGGGUCCAGUGCCUGAAUCACGUGGAGCGCUACGAUCCCAAGGAGAACAAAUGGUCCAAGGUGGCCCCAAUGACCACACGACGUCUAGGCGUCGCUGUGGCCGUCCUGGGCGGUUUUCUCUAUGCGAUUGGUGGCUCCGAUGGCCAAUGUCCAUUGAAUACAGUGGAGCGCUAUGAUCCUAGGCAAAACAAAUGGGUGGCCGUCAGUCCCAUGUCGACGCGUCGCAAGCACCUGGGCUGUGCGGUGUUCAACAACUACAUCUAUGCCGUGGGCGGGCGAGAUGAUUGCAUGGAGCUCUCGUCCGCUGAGCGCUACAAUCCAUUGACCAACACCUGGAGCCCCAUUGUGGCCAUGACCUCACGACGCAGCGGGGUCGGCCUGGCCGUGGUGAACGGACAACUGUACGCGGUGGGCGGCUUUGAUGGCUCCGCCUAUUUGAAGACCAUCGAGGUGUACGAUCCGGAGACGAAUCAAUGGCGUCUCUGUGGCUGCAUGAACUACCGCCGCCUGGGCGGUGGCGUGGGCGUGAUGCGUGCACCUCAGACUGAGAACUAUAUGUGGUGCGAAAACAGUUUUAAGCAGCAGCAACAGCAGCAGCAGCAUACAAAUAAUCCCCCAUCCCAAUUAACAUCGUAACUUGCUCGUUCCUUUCAUUGAUCAUUCAUCAAAUGUUGUUGUUUGUUGUCUUUUGUCUUCUUCUUCUUUCCCCCCCUGCUUCCACACAUGCUAACAAAUGCGGGAAAACGCAGGAUACGCAAGGAUUCGGUUGUCUGAUGGGAGAAGCAUCCGCCGUCGUUGACGUUGCCCUCGCAAACGUUGCCGCCGCCGCAUUUCUACUAACAAUUGAAGCCAAAUUUAAAAACCCCACACAAACCACACCACACUACACCACACCCAUCCUCCCCACACCCAAUCCAUUGUUUAGCAGAUUGUCUCUGAAUGUACUAUGUGUUAAUUGUUUAUGUGGUUAGAUGAGCCUAAGCCUAGACUUCCUCCCCCAUCCCCCCCCAGAAUAGUAUAAGAGUUAUAUAAGAGCCCCAACAGCCACCAUCACCCAACCACAUUCACUCCUGUACGUAAUUAAAUUAUU